AUGGAUCCUCUUGGUCCUUGGCUCCACCCCAUCGAGUUCCUCGUCAACACUGCUCGCGACGAGCCCAAUGCUCUUCUCAUCAACACAUAUGAGAGCUGGCGUGUCCGGUUCGACUACAGCUACCUCGAUGUGUGGAAGCGAGCGUGCUCGAUUGCACAGGGGCUCAAGACCCUCCCUGACUGGAAUCAAGUGGACCCCGAAGUCAUCGGGAUCUACUGCGAGGCCGAGGCCAACUGGGUGUUCUGUUCGCUUGCAGUGUGGAUCCUCGGAAAGAAGACGCUUUGCUUUGGUUUGAAUCUCCCUCCGGCUGCUCGCAAAGCCCUCUGCGAGAGACAUUCAAUCAAAUACAUCCUGCACCACCACACCAAGCCUGGACGCACAGAGGGUGCGAUCCUAAUCGAUGCUGCCACGUUCCCAGUCCUCAGCGACGCUCCAGCCCCUUCCCUCGAGAGCUGCGUCCAGCUUGAUGAGUUUGUGACCUAUGCGUGCACGUCCGGAACCACAGGAGUUCCAAAGUCCUUCAAAUAUUCCCACAAGGCCGUCACCGUCGUGCGAGCCGCUCUUGGUAUCGCUUACAUCGAGACCGGGCUUUGUCAGCUACCAUCGUUUGUCGCUACCUUGGCCACCUUUCUCGCAACCUUGAGUUUGAAGGGCUCGGUUUGGAUUCCAGAGCCCACACCCAAUACCGUAGACAAGGCCAAGAGCAUCAUCAAGAUGCUGGACGACGGGUUGAAGAAUAUCUACUUGACUCCCUCUUUCAUGAAAACAGUCAUCGGGGUCGCACUUUCUGUGACUUCGGACGCCAGGUGGGAGGAGGCAAAGAAGAUCGGACUUGGCUCCGAGCUCAUCCCGCCCAGCGUGCUCAAGAUGACUCGGCGUGCAUUCCCAAAUGCCGAGAUCGUGUCGAGUUAUGGAUCUAGCGAGACCGGUAUCCUCCAGGCAUUUUGCUACACCUCACUCCAGCCACACGACGAGGUUCCAGAGAAACUCAUCUACAAGCUGCCGCAUCCCCAAGUCCGAUGCCUCCUCUUUGACGAGGAGGGCAACGCCGUCGACCCAGGCGUCUCAAAGAGUGGUAUCCUUGUCUUUGCCGUCCACAAGGACCACCCUGUCAAGAACCACUUCAACUUUGUCACGGCCAACACCAAUGACAAGAUCGCUUCGUUUGGUUUCCUCGACGAUGGCUCGCCUCGUGUCUGCACCAUGGACUGGGUCGAGAUGGUGAGCGAGAAGACCUUCACUGUCGUCGGAAGAUUCGAUCAAAAGAUCAAGGUCAACGGCGUCUACGUCGACCUCAACGCCAUCGAGGAGCUUGUCUACGAACACCUCGGAAAGCAGUUCAAAGACUGUGUCUUCAUCCAAACCUCCGAGAAGAAGGUCGUGAUGCUCUACGUCCGCCAGAAGGAUGCGCCCCUCCAACAGUCAUCCGCAUUGGUGAUCCAAUGGGUUGAGGACCUCCUCACCGUCAAAAACAUGUCCAAGUUCCCGAUCCACAACUGCUUUGAAGUUCAAGAGUUCCCCUUCAACGACUCGGGCAAGCGCGACCUCAAGAAGCUCAAGCACAUCGCAGAGAAUGUCGAUCAGUACAGCCAUGCCGUCGAGUACCCCUUGGUCCCUCGCGACGACUCUAUCCAGUCACGAAUCGCCCUCAAAAUCUCGCAGCUCGGCAGCGAGAUUCUCGACAAUCCUGCUCUCGACGGCCGGGACUACUACAUAGCUGGUGUCGGAUUCGACUCGCUGAGCGUCACCCGUCUGGCCUUGGCGAUAAAGGAUGAAAUCCAUGUUGAGAUUUCGCCCAUGAUUCUGUUCUCUAAUGGCAUGACCCCCAGCGACAUCUCGCACAUCGCCUUAGACAUCAUCCACAACAAGCCGUUCCUGCCCCCGACCGUCGACCUGGCUCAGGAGGCCGCCAAGCUCGAUGAUGCGAGCGUGACAGCCGAUGGUCUGGAUCCAUUCAUUUUCCGAGAGCCCCGAGAUGUCCGUGGAGUGGUCGUCACCGGCGCCACGGGGUUUCUCGGAACAUUCCUAAAGUUCAACGUAGCCAACAGGUUCCCCAAUGCCACGAUCUACUGUGUCAUCAGAGCCGACGAUGAGCAGCACGCCCACCGCCGCAACUUUGAAAAGUCAAGCAUGUUCGUGAUUGCCUCCAGGAACAAUGGCAACCCGUGGUACGAUAUCGAGGAUCGAUUUGUAUCCAUUUGUGGUGACCUGUCGCUGGAUAAAUGGGGGCUUACCGACGAGCGAUGGAGCGACAUUUGCGAAAAGUCAGAUGUCAUCAUCCACUGCGGCGCAGAGGUUCAUUGGAUGUUCGACUACGAGCGACUCAAGGGCCCGAACGUCCUCGGCACGGCCACAGCGUUGCGACUUGCCACCACCCACCAUUUGAAAGCACUGCACUACAUCUCGACCAUCGGCACGGUCCCGAUGGCCAAGAAUGCCGACGAACCACUCGUCGAGAAGAUCCACUCCACAUGGAACAUCCCGGGCGGCUACGCACAGACCAAGUGGGUCGCCGAGCAGCUGAUCAACAAGGCUCGAUCGAGGGGAGUGCCUGCAACGAUCAUCCGACCAGCCAUCAUUGCUGGCGAUAGCACAUUCGGAGUGUGCAACGCCGACGACUACCUCUGGCGAUAUGUCAAAACUUGCAUCCAUAUCGGCAUCGCUCCCGUGCACGGGUCGCCGAUAACCAUCGCCAUGGAUCCAGUCGAUCGCGUGGCUGCAAUCAUUGCCGAGAUUGCCGGCUCGGAGAAGGCUCUGUCCAAGUUUGUGUUCCAUGUCAGCGAUCCGGAGCACAGCGUCAUCGGCGAAAAGCGGCUCUUUGACAUGGUCAAUGCAUACGGCUGGCCGAUCCUGUUCGAGUCUCGUGAGCAGUUCCGAAAUCUCCUCAGCGCCGAGCCCCUGCUCAAGACCAGCGUGGUGUUCCCGCUCAUGCACUUGAUGAUGAGCAUGGCCAUCAAGAUCGACAACACAAACACCAAAUCGAUCUAUCCUGCCGCGCCUCCCCCUGUCGAGCUCAUCGUUGGCAAGUGUCUGCUCAACCUCCAUCGCUGCCACUAUUUCCCAGAGCCCAAGCACCCCGCCGUCGAGCUCGAGGAUGAGUAUCCCGAAGUGAGCAUUUUCACUCGCACGGGUCGCACGGCCUGA